AUGAACGGCUUCUCUCUCGCCGCCUUGGGCACUCACUGCUCGGCCAUUGCGCACAGCGCCAACUCGUCCGCCUCGGAGCUCGCGGAUCUGCUGCGCACCAUCCCCGACGGCCAGCACGCGCAGCAGCUCGCGUCCCUGUCGGAGGCGCUAUUCGCAUUCAGUACCAGCGCGGGUCAGUUCGAGGGGGCCCUCCAACGCGCCACGACACUCUCGCCAACGCUGCAGCAGCAGCUCAAUGGCUCGCUGCAGGAAUGCCACAUUAAAAUCGCGCCCAUUGGGAAGCAGGUGAUGAGACUUGACGCGUCGACGGUGCCGAUGAUGAACACCAUGUUCCUCACAGUGCACAUGGACUUGCUGGUCACGUAUGCGCAACUGCUCGGUUUCUACGAGGAGGUUCUGGCAAUGCCAGAGCGAGACGAUCAAGACGCAGUACUCGAUGGACCUGCGGGGAGGAGAAUCAUCGAGCAGGCCGGGGACGCUGGCAAGAUGCUCGCCAAGGCGGGUGAAAUUAUCGUCAAUUCUGCAGAGGACGAGGCGCCCGCCUACGACAGUUCGCCUCCUCCUCAGCCCAUGACAGCCUUGGAGGGCCCAGAUCUGACGGAUCUGCCUCCCCCCUACGAAGCUGCCACCUCUACGACCCCAUACCUUGGCACCAACGCAGCCGCCUCUCCAGGAGCCGCCUCGCCGCCAGACACGCCUCUGACAACGAGCCGCUCUGCCUCCAUCGCCGAGAGCUCCCACUCUCUAGGCCGGCGGUCCUUGUCCUUCGCUGGCCCUGUGCCGCCCAACCGAUCAGGACAAGCUUCAGGGUCCAGCUCUCGCUCCAACAGCUGGGUGACGCCCAUCACCAACUCCUUCAAGGCCCUGACCGCCGGCAUCUGGGCCAAGCCCGAUCCGCUCGUCAAUGCCCUUUGCGAAGCCAGCCGUCGGGGGGACACGGGCCAGAUCGCCGCUCUCCUCCAGCAGGGCACCAACGUCGACGGCAAGAAUGACCGGGGCGAGACGGCCCUCCACUGCGCGAUUGUAGAGAAUCACGCGAAAGCCGCCCGGCUCCUCUUCACUCUGGGCGCGUCGGACAACAUCUGGUCCAAAAUGCCGCCCAUGUUCCUCGCCGCGUCCCUGGGCAAUAUCGACGUGGCGGAGAUGAUCUACCAGCGCGGCGGAUCGGCGGCCGACGUGAAGAAAUCCAGCAUGUCCGGCCAGUCGUACUUUGUGGAUGUGGUCAGCUCGGGCAACCUGGCGGGCGUGCGCUUCCUGCUCGAGAAGGGCGCCAACGCCCGGGCGCAGAGCAACUCGGGCCGCCCCGCCGUGGUUAUCGCCGCGCGCAAGUGUAAUAUCGAGGUGGUCCGGCUGCUGCUGAACUUUGGCGCCAAGGUGACCUCGGACGACGUGUCGGGCAACUCCAUGUUGGGCAUCGCCCUGGACAAGGACAGCCUGGAGCUGCUCGACCUGCUGCUCGAGCGCGGCGCCAAGCUGAGCGGCCGGACCACGUCGGGCGACAGGGUGCUGGCCGCCGCCGUGGCGAGGCGCAACGUGCGGUUCGCGCUGCGCAUGCUCGAACAGGGCGCCGACGGCAACUCGGAGGAUCUGAUGGGGCAAAAGGUCAUUGUGUCCGUGAUCAAGGACCAGAAGCUGGCAGAGGAGGACAAGUUUGCGCUCGUGCGCGCCCUGCUCAAGAACGGGGCCAAGACGACGGCGUCGGAUCUGGUAUGGCAUCAGGCGCACCUCCUCGAACUGGCCCUCACCAAGGGCGCCUCGUCUCGCAUUGGUGGUCUCAUACUGGAAGCCGGGGCCGAUGCCACCAGGUGUAUCGGCGACGGCGAGACGCCGCUCAUCUACGCCAUUGCGCGCGACUGGACAGAGUGGGUGCGCGAACUGCUCGAGCACGGCGCGGAUCCAGACGCCGCGGACAAGCAUGGCAAGACACCGCUAAUCCAGUCCCUCAUGAAGGGCGACAACCUCGACAUGGCGCGCUUGCUGAUUACGCACGGCGCCGACACAGAUUCCCCUAGUGGUUCGGCGAGAGCAUUCGCCCUGUCGCUAGGCCGCGCCGACAUCAUGGAGCUCGUGGGUCUAAAGCCAUCUUCGUCGACUACACGAACACACUCUCCACCGUUGAGCAGCGCUGUGCACACUGGCAAAGACAUGUGGGGAUGA